AAAAAUAUUUUUAAACACAAUUUUUAAAAAUUUGUGAAAAUCCAAGUAAGUUUUUAAAAACACACGAGGAAAACCAGUAGCGUGGACUUUUCAGUGGUUAGCCUGCCAUGAAAUAUUUGAGAAAUGAGUAUGUGUUUCUAAAAACAAAACUCUAGAUUUCUAAGUGUUACAAAGAUAAGUCGGCUCCCAAAAUGCUAUGAAAUUACUUAGUUUUGGAAGUUCAUGUCAGCGGUGUGUUCAGUGGGUUUGAACAGCUUUGCUGAGAUAGUCACGUACUUGCGUUCACCAACUUAAGUUGCACACGUCAGUGGUUUUCAGUACCUUCAGGGUCGUGUGCCCAUCGCCACACCCACGUUACAACAUGUUCUUCGCCCCACACGGAGCCCACACCGUUAGCGCUCAGCCCUGGCCACCACGAGUCUCCCUUCUGUCUGUGGAUUGGUCUGUUGUGGACAUUUCCCCUGAAGGGAUCCGGCGGUGCGUGGCCUCUCCUGUCUGGCUCCUUUCCUGGUGUUUUCAAGGCACGUGUGUGUUGUGCUGUGGAGUAGUUUGGAGGUGUUGCAGGGAGCGGGUGCUGCGUGGCCCGGAGGUACCCUGUGCUGUUUUGUGAAGGGGGCGAGUAGAGUCAGGCCCCAGGGUGCGCCUUGCUGAUGCGGAACCCCCAAAUGUGUGCAGGCUUUUGUACGUGUGUGUGUGUGUGUGUGUUUGCCUUUUCUCCCGGGGAAGAGUGUCUGCAGCCUUCAUGUGCUUCUUGAGGACUUCCGCAAACCAUCUCCAAAGUUUUCAGCCGAGCCCUUUAACUUUGGUUUUUUUAAAAAAACAAGUGGUAAUGUGAUUGCUUAAAAAAUGCAAAGAAAAUGUUUUCCAAGUUUUAAUAGUUGUUCUUCAUGAUGCAUCUUGGGAUGGAGUUUUAAGUAAUGGAUGCAGCCCUUUUGGUGUUACGGUCACUGUAGACGGUUAAUUUGUUUUGGAUUAUGGACUCUUUUUCUGAGCACAGUGGCCUCCCAAGAUAGUUGUUUCAGGGUCAAUUUCAUCUUCUCUACACAAAAUAAACCUGUAGGUCCCUCGGUAUCUCGCUUUCCUAACCUGGAAAAUAGCUAAGUAACAAUCCCUGCGUCCUCACGAGGCUGGAGCGUUGAUCGAGAUGAUGUGCUAUGUGGGACCGCACGGCGAGAGACCCAGGCUGGGUUCCGGGUGUCCCAGGUUCUCCCGGACACGGCGCCUCUUCCUGCCCUUCCUGAGGCCUCCUCACCUGUGGAAGCUGCUCUAAGUGGCUGCCCAGAGAGGUUUCCGCCGGGUCAUCCACUCUGUCGCCCUGGUGGGGGCGCAGGGACCCGGUGGCCGUUUCUCCGAUUUCUCCCAGGAACCCAGCACACGCCCGGCACACGUGGUGAAGGGCGUUUUGCAAAUGAGGCCAUUUCCACCUGGUGCACAUGCACGUUCCUCUGUGCUUGUCCGUGUCCGCGUGUUGGUGUGCGUUGGCGUGUGUGUGCAUGCGUGCCGAGGCCGGAAGCCGGAACUUGGGCCUGUGAACACUCCUGUUUCAGUGUCCAGCCUCCCCUGCGCAGGCGGGUAAAAGCCUGAUCGUGCUCAGAGACGGACGAUAGGCCUUCACCUCUGGCGCCACCGGAGCUUGGUUCUGCCUGGGUCUCUGCGCCCGGUGGAGGGUGCUGGUGUGCGGUGCAGCCCCCGCCCAGGACCCCGUGCCGGCCGGGGCCGCCCGUAGUGAUGGCUGGGCUUCAGGCUUCUGCUUUUGGAACAGGUGUGUGAAGGACUUUCUGUUGUUUUGCCGUUGACAACAGCGGGAGUUGGAGUUGCAGCAUCAGCGAGAUGAGCACAAGAUCCGGCAGCUUCAGCGGACGGUCCAGGCCCUGGAGGCGAAGGCGGCCGCUCGCCAGUCCCCAGAGGCCGAGCGGCUGCAGGAGGAACGGCACAGCCUGGAGAAGGUCCGGCAGCAGCUGCUGUGUGCAGCUGGGCUCCUGACCAGCUUCGUCAGCCAGAUGGUGGACAGGACAAUUAGUGAUUGGACAUCAUCGAGUGAGAAAGCAGUGAGCUCCUUACUGCGCACGUUAGAGGAGCUCAAGUCUGACCUGAGCGCGCCCAGCUCCUCCCAGAAAAAGGUGACAGCAGAGCUGCAGACCCAGCUGGUGGACGUGCUCCUGAAAGACAACGACUCCCUGACGAGAGCCCUGCGCACGGUGACGCAGGAGAAGGCGGACCUGCGCCGGGCGGUGUCGCAGCUGGAGGCGUCCCUGAAGCAGCACCUGCUGAAGCGCGGUGUGUGGACUAGACCGGACAAGUCUGCGUGGAAGCAAGAUGGGGCAGUCUCGCAGAGCUCAGCAGGACAGCCAGACCCAGCAGUGCCCGCGCCGGCCGCACGCGAGGAGGGAAACACCUGCGGCGUGCACAUGGAGAAAUUGUACCUGCAUUAUUUGAGAGCAGAAAGCUUCAGAAAAGCUCUGAUUUAUCAAAAGAAGUAUCUUUUACUAUUGAUUGGUGGAUUCCAGGACUCUGAACAAGAAACGCUCUCCAUGAUCGCCCAUUUGGGAGUAUUUCCUUCCAAAGCAGAUAAGAAAAUUACCACAUCUCGCCCUUUUACGAAGUUUCGGACUGCCGUCAGGGUGGUGAUCGCGAUAUUAAGAUUACGUUUCUUGGUUAAGAAGUGGCAAGAGGUAAAUCGGAAAGGAGCCGUGGUGGCAGGCCGAGCGCCCCGUCCAGCGGUUGCGGGGGAAGGAUUCCCGGCACCACGGCAGCAGCCUGCACCCAAAACCAGCACCUCCCCGCCAGCCCGGGACGCGUCCUCCAGCCACGCCAGGGACCGCGGGCCCAAGGCCUCCCCGUGCAGGAGAGAGAGAUCCACUCCAUCCCCACAUUCAAGAUCAGAAAGAUCCCUGACUGCUUCUCAAGAUCCUGAACAUUCCUUGACGGAAUAUAUUCAUCAUUUAGAAAUGAUCCAGCAAAGACUGGGCGGAGCGCCUCCAGAUUCCGCUUCAAAGAAAUCCUGCCGCCAGAAGAUUACACAAUGAAUAAAAUCCUUGUGGCUCUUACCUGUGACAGUUCUAUCUGAGGGAAAGAUUUGUUUUUUCCCUUUCUCCAUGGAAGGCUCGUGGCAUGGCGUGGCAGGCAGCGCCCAGUCUCCUUGCGAGCCCGAGGUGCCAGCCCCCGAGUGCCGCUCAUUAAGCAUUCUCCUCUUUUUGCAAUGCUACAAAGCCAAAUGGAGUAUCUUCUGUAACUUCUGUGUGUUUUAGCUCCUUCCUUCACAAGGUGACGUGUGCGCUCGUGCGUGACGGGCGCCUGCCCAGCUCCGUGCGUGUGGCCGAGCUGCCCUGCUCGCCUCCAAGAAGUGAGCAGAGACUGGCUUCCCUGUUGUUUAUUUUCUUAAAGUGUAUAGAUGGGAACUUGGUUUAAAAACAAAAACACACCAAAAAGAAAAAGAAUAAAAUCACAGCACUAUUUUAUUUGUGA